AACAAUUCCCAUACUCAAAGCCAUCCAAGAAACAGUAAACAGCCUUUCACAAAAUCAACUGGUUACAUAGAGAGAGAAAAUGGAAGGAGUGAUGGCAAUAGGAAAGUCCAGCUAUGCGCUAUCUUCUUCUUCUUCAAUCCGAUUAUCUUUACCCACAACCACCGUUUCCGCCACCACCAACCACCGUCACUUAGCCGCAUUUCAAUCGCCGGCACAUCUUUUCUCAAAUUCAUCACUAUCUUAUCGUAUGAUUAAUACAACCAAGAAAAACAAAACCGCCCAUAUCUUUCUUCCUCAUCUAAUUGCUUCCAUGGAAGUUGAGGAAUCUUAUAUUAUGAUUAAGCCUGAUGGUGUUCAAAGAGGCCUUGUAGGAGAGAUAAUUACUAGAUUUGAGAAGAAAGGAUUUAAGUUGAAAGGAUUGAAGCUUUUCCAGUGCCCAAAAGAUUUGGCAGAGGAACAUUACAAGGAUUUGAGCUCCAAACCUUUCUUCCCUAAACUAAUCGGCUACAUUACAUCUGGUCCUGUUGUUUGUAUGGCUUGGGAAGGAGUUGGUGUUGUUGCAUCAGCACGUAAGUUAAUUGGAGCAACAAACCCUCUUCAAGCUGAACCGGGCACAAUUAGAGGGGAUCUUGCUAUUCAAACCGGAAGGAAUGUGGUUCAUGGGAGUGAUAGCCCUGAGAAUGGGAAGCGUGAGAUAGCCCUAUGGUUUAAAGAAGGUGAAUUAGCCAAUUGGGAACCAGUUCAAACUCCAUGGCUGAUAGAAUGAUGUAUUAUGACCCAUUGAUGGUCAUUCAGUAAUCUAUUUUUGCAGCUGAUUAUGUUAGAGAUGUAAUGUGUUACAAAAUGACGGUUUAAUUUUCAGGAUCUACUAUACCUUGCAAUUUUGUAUUACGAAAAUAUUUGAUGUAUCAACGGAGAAACAUGUUUGCAUUGGA